CUCAGUGGUGUAUCUGUCUCUGUUUCAGGUGGACAAGCACAUUCGACGGCUGGAUGCUGACCUUGCCCGAUUUGAAGCUGACUUGAAGGAUAAGUUGGAAGGCAAUGAUUUUGAAAGCCCUGUGACACAAACCUUAAAAAAGGGGAGAAUUCCAAAGGAUAAGAAAACAUCUCGUGGUCGAGGCCGGCGGACAUCAGAGGAAGAUGCUCCAGUGAAAAAGAAACCAAAACGAAGAUCUGAAUUAGCUGAUACCAUCCUGUCAGUUCACCCUUCUGAUGUCUUAGACAUGCCAGUGGAUCCCAAUGAACCCACAUACUGCUUGUGCCAUCAAGUAUCUUAUGGAGAAAUGAUUGGGUGUGACAACCCUGAUUGUCCAAUUGAAUGGUUUCACUUCGCUUGUGUGGAUCUCACGACCAAACCCAAAGGGAAAUGGUAUUGUCCUCGCUGUGCGCAGGAGAAGAAGAAGAAGUAGAAAUGAUGUACAAUAUGAAAAAAAGUUUAAUAUAUUCAUAUGUUGCAGAAUUUUGUUUUCAUCACCAACCCACCUUGUUUGGCCUGAAACAAAGCAGUAGCCAGAUGUUCUCUUUAUUAGCCAUGCUAAUGAUAAAAGUGGGGUAUAUAGGAAGUUCAUUAGUGAUGAUUAUUUGGGUUACAAAGUACAAUUAUUUGUCACUGUAAUCAAAGGUAUGAAGUACUUAAAAAGGUAUGAAGGUCUGCACUGGAAUUUCUGCUAAUAUACUGAACCCUGUGAAAACUGCCUGUGGCCUUUCAUGUGAAGAAGAUAGCAUUUUUUGUUGUCACAAAAUGUAGUCAUUUUGGGAAGCUUUCACCAGUGUCAUUUCACUGGCAGAAUGACAUGUUUUCUCUUAUAUUUCCCAAUGCAUCCUCUAAAAUUAUUGUAGAGAUUUGGGAUGAGCAUUGGGAAACACGUUCAGAGUGAAGUAUGAAUCCUGUUGCGUGAGAAGGAUAGACUUGCAUAAUUUUUGAUACAGGCCUUUGCUUUGCACAAUAUUUAUGAAGUCUUUUAAAUCCAGUAUCAAAAUCUUUAUCAUUGUUGAUAAGGUAUGGAAUCCUGUAAUUCACUUUUGCAGGUAGAAUUUCCAUUUGUACAACAUUGGAUUCUGUCAAGGAGUGGGUUGAGAAUUUCAGUGUGCAAUUUUGCCUCUUUGGAAAUAAGUUUGCAAAGUUAUAUUUUACACAAAGAACAAAGAGAAUUUGUUUUUGAUUAGGGGAGCUCACACAUAAAAUAUAGGAGUUUCAAAAUGUUUAUUGUUUCUGUGUACUGCUCCUUCUGGGCUUCAUUCUGGUUUCACUGAAACUGAAGGCUCAUUCUGCUGAGAAGUAAUACCUGUGAUAUCAGUAUAGUAUAAAUCCCUCAUAAAAUAAAGUAAGAUUU